ACAUAUUCUGAGCAUCUUCAAAUGUUCAGCCCCAGUCGUCAAGUGCUGCUCUUGGGGGGCGAGGUUGAGAGGGAGGGUGACGCCAAGAAGGGAGAGAAAUACAUGCAUCAAUAGGCUAGGCUACAUAUUUCUCCUCCUACAAUCCCGUUAUAACGUUGCCUACUCUGUCAAUACGGAGGAGAUAGUGUGAAUUUAAAGAGCCAGGAGAUCUGAUGAAGAUGAAGACAGUCAGUGUGGUGGUGGUGCUGAGCUUGCUGCUCUGCUCAGCUCUGACGGCCCCUUUGAAAGGUAAAGAAGACUCCCAGCAGACCAUGUUCUUUGGGGAGGACUUCCAUCUGCAUCUGUCCUCUCUGGCUGCAGAGGUUUUGUUCCAGCCCAGUAAUGCCAAGGCGGGGCUUGAGGUGGUCCUGAUGCGGGGUGGGUCCGUGGUCGGUAACCGUGCCAAGCUCAACAGUCAGCUCAGUCACCUGAUCCUAGCGAAUGUGGGUGAGGAGGACGAGGGGACAUACUCGGUGAAGAACAACGAACAUCUGGAAGAGGUCCGACGCAUCACACUCAUCGUCAGAGACUGUUCCAACGAGCAGAACAUUAAGUAUGGGGAGAACUACCACAUCCAGCUGGCGGGGGUGGAGGCUCCCAUCACCCUGGAGUAUAGGCCCAGUGCUGUGGAGGCCAACCUGACCUCAAGGCCGCCCCUGGUGCUGAUGACCCGAGGAAGGCUCUCCAGAGACGGGUACCAGGGGCGCCUGAGUGUCAACGAGCACCGGAUCACCCUCAACGCCGUGACAGGCGCCGAUGAGGGAAGCUACACCGUCAGAGACACUAACAUGAAGAUCAUGAGGAAGGUCUGCCUAAAUGUCAAAGAACACCAGAACUUUGUGAAGCUGCCGUAUGGGGGCACCCUGAAGAUCAACCUGAUUCUGAAUGCCUCCAUGGUGCAUCUGUUCUACACGCCCGACUACGACUUAAAAAGCAGACAGAUCCUGGACGGGGGACAGUUAACGGUGCCAGCGGACCUGGAUCUGGAGGGGCGGAUCUCUCUGGAUCCGUCUGUGGUUAUUCUGGACCAGGUCAAGGCCAGCGACGUCGGACAGUUCAAGGUCAUGGACAUACUGGGGUUUCCUGUGUCCAACGUCUACCUGGAAGUGGAGGCCUACAAGCUGCCGUCCCUCUACGUGGCAAUCAUAGCACUGGUGGGCUUCCUGGUCCUCCUGCUGUUGGUGUGUCUGCUGUCCUGCCUGGUCAAGCAGAAGAAGAGGGCUGCCAAGGCCCGAGCCAUCGAGAAGAUUGCCCAAAACGCAGGCAAGGAGGAUGAGGGAGAUGCCUUCAGACAGGUGGUGAAGAACAUUACUCAGUUUGAGGAGUCUAUAGCCCAGUCCAUCGACAUCACAGAGAAGUCUCAGAGCACUGAGGUGGACAUUAAAGGUCUGGAGGUGUCGUCCAAGGAGGUGGCAGGUGGUAACCUGGAGACCAGCGACUCAGGGGUGGAGUUUAACACCACUGGCCUCCCAUUGGACACUGACACUGACGUCCCCGACCAGAUACCAGAAUCAGAGGCUGAGACUGAGAGUGUUGCCUUCGUCCCAGAAACCAAGCCAAGCCCACCCCCGGUUACCAAACCUAGCCCGGUUCCCAAGAUCAACAAAAUCCCUGAACCAGCUCCUGAACCAAAGUUGACCAUAACCAAACCCGUUGAGACCAAACUCAGCCCAAUCCCAAGCCCGGUCUCCAAGCAGGCUCCAAGCCCCAUUGCCAAAACACCUGAACCAGCCAAAACUCCUGAACCGAAAAUACCUGAAUUGAAAACACCUGAACCAACCAAAACUCCUGAUUUUAAAACUCCUGAACCAAAAAUACCUGGAUUGAAAACACCUGAACCAACCAAAACUCCUGAUUUGAAAACUCCUGAACCGAAAACACCUGAAUUGAAAACACCUGAACCAGCCAAAACACCUAUUGCUGUGUCUCCAAGCCCGGUGUCCCCUAAGCCAACCCCACCCCUGACCCCUGUCUCCAAACCAACUGCACCCCAACCAUCAACCCCCGAACCCGCCAAGCUGGUGACACCAGCCCCCGAACUCCCCAAGCCGGUGACACCAACCCUGGAAUCCUCCAAGCCUGUGACACCAACCCUGGAAUCCCAAAAGCCUGUGACACCAAUCCAGACUCCGACCCCAACCCCAAUGCUGAGCCCUGAACCUGCUCCGACCACCAAUGGCACACCCGAACCACCAGCACCAGCACCUGAAUCCAAACCUAACACUGCUCUGGCCCCAGUGGGUCUGAUCGAAAGUCCUGUCGCCAAGGCAACCCCUCCUAAAACCCCUGAGGUGGAGGUGACCGCUCCAAGUAGUCCAGCCCUUGAGGCCAAAAUGGACGCCCCAGCUGAGGACAACACCGCCACCACCGCAACCUGAGAACAGUCCCUGCACUCCUCCAAGGGACACCCCACAGACCCAUUAUCCUAUCCUCCUCCACCACUGUAGACAGACAAUCGAACACCCCCUUACCAAAUAAGGAAGAAAUCACUGCUACUAUCGAGGCUGGGACAUAGAUUUAACACUUCUAAUGCUCGAACAUGCUGUAGGUUGUUAUGAUAGCUAACUCACCUGUACCUAACACUAACAUUAUCUUUGAAAUACUUUUCUCAAUUCACAGAUACUUUUCACAAGAUAGGAAAUAUAAUCAAGCGAGUUCCGUUUUGUCAGACGUUUUAGCUUGUUGUUUCUUUUUUAACUUUCUAUGCUGCAUACUCUUUUUUUAGUGUGUAAAAUAGAGCAUGACUGCCGGUCUGCCAACAAAAUCAGUUGCAGAGUUUACAAGUAAAAUGUUAAACCUAGCUACUUUAGAUAUUUUUACGUUCAGAGGUGUGCAGAAUGGUUCCACACCCUUUUACAUAGAUAUAGGGACAAUAGAAUGGCAAGUGAACAUGACUCAAUCUAAUUCAACUACAUCUAUGACCACCUACUCCAUUUGUGGAAUGAUAAAACCUUUGAUGAUGCCUGCUCUAAUCUCAGCAUGUGGAAAAAUAGACCAAAACGAAAGCACGAACAGCUCGUAAAUUUGCAACGGACAUUUUUUAUCUCAUAUGAUGAAACCAAUGACAUGAUUUAGCCACCCCCCAAGGACUUAUAAAUGUGACUAUGACAUAACGUUCUCGUCAAACUGUAUGAAUUUAAAUCACCUUUCUAUCAAACUGGACUGGAUUCCUUCAAUCUCCUUGUGACAUUCUCUAUAAAUUUUCCUGAAACCUGGGAAUCUGUAAUUUCUCCUGCUGGUCCUCUGCCAUCCUAUUGAAACAUCUAGAAUGCUUGAAUGAUGAAACAUCCUGAUACAAAGGAGCAUGGCAUUAUCCCAGCAACACUAACACCUGAAUGCUGAACUCUAACAUCAAUACCUUCUGCUAAACUAAGUCUAACUUUUGUUUAAAAUGGAUGUCUCAUGUGAUUGCGCUCCCAACUACAUGAGAGACUGUAUUGGUUAUAAGGUGUUGGCCAACUCUGACUGACUGUCCCAGUGGAUCUCUAGAAUCAGUUUAAUCCAAGAGAAAGAGCUUGUUUUGAUCCUUGACCUCGCCCCAGCACCUGAAGACCCCAAGGACACACCUCAGCACUUUAAGCAAUCCCCAGUGAAUCUUGGGAAAUGUAGUGCUGAUUGUUAUUGUGCUUACUACAACUAUGAGAGUGGGAGAGGGAGAAGAGGAGGGGUCUGGUGAGUGAUGUCAUUGGCUUAGACCUAACAUUUAAAAAAGGAAUCCUCCCUCCUCUAUGUCCUUCUUUACUUCUGUCCUUCCUUCUGUCCUUCCUUCCUUCCUUCUGUACUCCCUCUUUUCCUUCCUCUCUUGCUUGCAGCAGGUAGUGAAGUACAGUAUUAUGGCAUGGUUUCAUCUGGCCGAUAGAUGUAGUUUUACUGUUGGUCCUGCCCUCUUGACUUCUCAUUUAUAGAUUAUGGGUCAGCCUUUAUACCCCAUGAUGACUUAUAAAAGUACAGUAUGAAAAAGUAUAGUCUUCCCUGAGAUAAUAGAACAGACCCAUGUCAGACUAUUCCUUGCCUACACACAUCUACAUGCAUUACAGUCGUCUAUGAGCUACAUACUAGAGGCCUUGAGCCAAUGGUAGAUGUGCUCCACGGCUCUGAUGCCUAGUAUGGUGACCUCACAGUACAGUAUACAUGUAGUUCUGGUUAUUUGCUCCAGCCUAAAACAGACACUUCACAAAUAGGGUUAACCCACUAGCAUCCAUCCACAGUACUGGAUAUGAUGUCAUGGCAUGGGUUGAUGUGUUUUAAUAGCCUAUCCUAUUGCCAUUGGUCUCUCUGACUGCCCUUAAAAGGUCCUGCGAGAACUUCACUAACUAUUAACUCAGUGUACCACCAUCUCCAGGACUGUGCCAUGAAGCCAUCCGUCUUUAGUUGCUUGAAGCUAUGUUGCUCUAGCCUAGAUUUACAAUGCAAUAAGACUUCGCUGGUGGUUAAAACUCCUGUAGCCGCUAUGUGUUACAGGAGGAGGUGUGCAGAUACAUUUUGCUUGACAAAAGACAUAUCUCUACCUCAGUGUUUUAACUGACCGCCGUGACAGACACCAUGAAUGGUACAUUGAGUUCAGUGGACUACAUCUAAAAGCAUUUAGGAUUUUUAAGAGAAGCACAAAUAGGAGCCGUGUUAAGUUAACCAACACAUAGAGAGUACAUCCGUCUUCAACUUCAAACGAUGGCCUUUCUCUUUCUAAACACUUCCACAAUUCUAACACGUUUUUUAAUGCUAAAAUGAAUAUGAGAAUAAAAUGAAAGUUAAAAGCCAUAUGGUAAGAUAGUGAUAUAGAUGUUGAUAUGAUUAGUACAGUAUAUGAAUCAUGAUGAAUACAGUAUCUUACCAUGAAUACUUUAGUGUUUGAGGUGCCUAAAUUCUUUGCUAUAUUGUCAUUUAACUGAUGUAAGUGAUAAAAGGUCAAGGAUUAUGUAGAAUUCUACCACUGAAGAGAUUUGGCCCCACUCUCAAUCUCAAUCUCGAUCGCAGCACUCGUCAAGCUCUGUUGUGUGGAGCCGUAACACCCAUUUAGGCAAUACUAGAAGCAGUGUUUAGCUGUUUCUGCACACACACACACACACACACACGCGUACACACACACGCGUACACACACGCGCGUUCACACACACACACACACACACACACACACACACACACACACACACACACACACACACACACACAUAAACACUCGCUUAUGACCCUGCUGACGAGGUUCAGCAUUGUAAAUAUUGCAUGUGUAAGGUUUAAAAAGUCUCCUUUCAAAGGUUGAAUGUGUUUAGUGUAUAGAAUGGUUGUUGUAUUGUACUUGAUGAUAUAAAAAGCUAAUCUAAUUUCUCACCUGUGCAAAGCCUACAUGCUGAUUAUUGAAUAUACUGUAUACACACAAACUAAUCUUCACUAACUUAUAAAAUACUAACUUGAACAACUGAAAAUGGUAAACACAACUGAAUAAGUGCAUAUUUUUCCGCAUCACAGAUCCUCGAAUAGAUCUCUAAAAUAUUUUGAUUGGAUUAACUUUUAUUAGUACUAUUUCAACCCUAUGAUGAUAACACUCACAGUAUAACGCCUUUACAUAACUUAUAUAUAUAUAUAUAUAUAUAUAAAUACAGAAUUAUCUAUGUCAUUUUAAAGAUAAAGACGUUUAUUGCAGCAUGUCCAUAUGAUCUCCUCAAAGACAGUAUUAUUAUUAUUCAGAUUUUUCCGCUUUUUUUCUGUGUGUGUGGAGGAUUGAUCAGUCAUAGUGUUAUCUUCAUCCUAACGUUUGCGUGUGUGUGUGUGUGUGUUUGUGCGUGUGUGAUCGUACCUGUGUGUGUGUGCGUGUGUGUGUGUGUGUGUGUGUGCGUGUGCGUGUGCGUGUGCGUGUGCGUGUGUGUGUGUGUGUGUGUGUGUGUGUGUGUUGUGCAUGCGGGUGUUGGGUGCAUGCGUGCGUGUGACACAUCAUGUUGUAUCUGUGUGUAGGUAUAAGACUCUAGCCUAUGUGUGUGCAAUGACAAAAUAAAAUCACAAUUUCAGCUGUAUGUCGACGUCAUAUAUCCGUGCUUAGAAAUGAUUGUCCUCAAUGAUCUGCUUAUCAUCUAACAUUUGUUUAGAAAACUAUCUGUGUUUGUCCAGACUCAGUAUGUGGUUAACAUCACACAAACCUGCGCCUCUGAGGUGCUCUACACGGGAUGACUCUCAUCUUUGAUUUAGUGCCUCAAAUAUGAAAUCAAAUAUUCAAUGGCUAGUCAGCCUAUAUUCUAUAAAUACACUCCAAGAGGCAUCGUUUGGUUUAUAUGAUGUAGGGUGGUCUCAGACUAAACAGCGGUAAAGUACUAUCUGCAGACCUGACUACCCUAUAGGUCUACUGUACUGUAUAUAGAGACACAACACAGUCAGGAGAUACAGAAUAUUGUAGUCAGGACAGGAAGUGUUUAAUAUAAUGCACUUCGACACUCAGUCAUGAUUGGAAGAGUGAUAAAUUACCUAGUUGCUUGGUUGUCAGGGUUUAUUUGAAUGUGCAUUAGCAUGAGAUGAAUAACAUCAUACUGAAGUGUAUUGUGUAACUUGGUGAGACAGUAACUGCUGUACAUCUUGGGAAUUCAGUGGCACUGUUUGUAUGUAAACAGCAGGUUGAAUUCAAAAUGGAUGCCAAAGCCUAAAACAGUAUUUGAGAUCUAGCCCUCCUGAUAUGGAACUGAGAUGUGCAUGUGAAUGAAUUUUACAUGUUUUAUACCACUACUGUAUUAUAGCGCUUCCCAAAAAAGGGGGUAAUGUAACAAACCUACCCUUGGUAACUACAUUACCAGCACCUCCUAGUGAGCGAACUCUAUUUGGAAUGGUUGGUUAGUGUCUGGGUCUUGGGACCAGAAGGUUGUGGGUUCAAUUCCCCCCCUGGCUGGGACAGACCCCCCCCAGAUUCACUCCAGUGUUCUCAUUGGCGUUCCUUUGCACUAUGUGAGCGAUCUCUCUCUGCCCUGAUUCUGAUUCUGUCUGUUCACUCCUUCUGCUGUGAUGGCGUCUGUAGCGUUCUGCAGUCUGUCGAUCUCCCUCCUCCCGUUUUUCACAACACACAGGCGUUUUGUAAAGGAAAGGUGUUAUUUUCUUUAUUUCAUGUCUAAAAAAAUAUACGAAGAAUAAACAAAAGAUUAUGAGAAAAAAA